UUGCAUGAUUUGAGUUACUCCCACAUAAGUCAUGCACAGGAAAACCAAGACCAUUUGCUCCUUCAUGUCAAGAACAAUAGGCUGUUAGUGCGCUCUGAGGCUCUCAGGAGACAAGUUUAACUCGGCACACAGAAUUAUUAUUGUUGACAGAGGAAUCAUUAAGGACUUAGACCGGAGGACUUACGCUGUUUUGAACUGUGGAUUUACUGUAUUGUACAUGACAAGCUGAUAAUCAUGUCACUCCCAGAAGAGGAUCUCACAUGCCCAAUAUGCUGUGACAUCUUUACGGACCCUGUUUUGCUGUCAUGUAGCCACAGCUUCUGCAGGAGCUGUCUGAAGCGCUAUUGGGAAACAGGGUUACGUGAGUGUCCAGUAUGCAGAAAAAGAGCCUCCAAGGCUAGUCCUGCCACCAAUUUGGCUCUGAGAAAUGUCUGUGAAGCUCUUUUGAUGGCUAGGAGGAGUUCAGUGCUGGUGGAAGAGAAGAUGAACUGUAAUCUGCACGGGGAGAAGUUAAAACUCUUCUGUCUGGUUGACAAACAGCCCAUCUGUGUGGUGUGUCAGUCUUCCAAACUGCACAAGAGUCACGACUGCUCACCUAUAGAAGAGGCAGUGCUAGACUGCAAGGAUGAACUUGCUUCAUCCCUCAAGAAUUUGCAAGAUAAAGCGGACAGCCUCAAAAGAAUUCACAUGACCUCUGCAGACAUGAUCGAGUACAUCAAGAGUCAGUCGCUAGAAACACAAAAAUUGAUCAAGAGACAGUUCAAGCAGCUACAUCAAGCCCUCUACCAAGACGAGUUGGCCAGAAUAGAGGCUGUGAAAAAAGAAGAAGAAGACAAGAUUGCAGGAAUGAAGGAUAAGAUUAAAGAGCUUUCAGCAGAAGUGCUGUUUCUCACAGAGACAAUCUCAGUCAUACAGGAGCAGCUCAAAGAAGAUGAUAUGGUCUUGUUGAAGAAUUUCAAAGCCACUCAGGACAGAGAAAAAAGCAUAGCGCUUGAUUCAGACAACAUGUCCGGUUUAUUGAUUGAUGUGACCAAGCAUCUCUGCAACCUCAAGUAUAAAGUCUGGGAGAAAAUACUGGACCAUAUUGACUAUACUCCUGUGACUUUGGACCCAAACACAGCACACCCCUGUCUCAUCCUGUCUGACGACCUCACUUCCCUCCACUACUCAAAGACGCACAGCUGUUGCCCUGACAACCCAGAGCGCUUCCACAUCAGUGCUGAAGUGGUAGGCAUGGACGCACUGGGCUCAGGAAGCCACCACUGGGUCGUGGAAACAGGAAGUAAUCAGGACUGGCUCCUCGGCGUGGCCUCUUUGUCUGUACCUAGGAACUCUGAGAUCUCCGCUCGGCCUGAGAACGGCUUCUGGACUUUAUGUUUCAGGAACGGAGAGUUCAGGGCAAUGACCUCGCCACCCACCCCACUGACAAUUACAAGAGCGCCCAAACAAGUCAAAGUAAAACUAGAUUACAACAAAGGGACAAUGUCUUUCUUUGACCCUGCUGAUGACACACUCCUUUAUGCAUUCACACACAUGUUCACAGAAACUUUACUUCCAUAUUUUUAUACACAGAGCAGUCAUCCAUUGAGAAUAAUGCCAGAGAAAGUACUUGUGACAAUGCUGCGUCAAGGAUGAAGGAUUUAUUAAUUUUGUAAGAUAAUAUGAUCCCAGACCUGUUUUGAUGGAUGAGAUCAAUGUAAAAUAAUUAAAUGGGAUUGGUGGUUUGACUAGCUGUAAUGUUAUUUUCUCUUUCAGAAGGCAUGCAAAGUAUUUCUUUAUCCAAGUAAUUUUUCCGCUUCAAAAACACAUUGUCACCUUUGUUGUUACUUAUUCCUCCUUAAAGGAAUAGUCCAACAUUUUGGGAACUAGGCCUACCCUUAUUCUCUUUUUUUGCUGAGAGCUAGAUAAGAAGAUUGAUACCACUCACAUGUCUGACGAAUAUGAAGCUGCCGCCAAUAGCCGGUUCGCUAAGCUUAGCAUAGCUUAAAUACUGAAAACGGGGGAACAGCUAGCCUGGCUCUUCCAGCACCUCCAAAGCUCACUAAUUGUAUCUUGUGUGUUUAAACUGUACACAGCGUAGGUGUUACACCUUCAGACACAGCCAGACUAGUGGUUUCCCUUUGUUUUCACACUUUGUGCUAAGUUAAGCUAACCAGCUGCUGCCUCUAACUACAUGUUUACUGACAUGGCAUUAAUGUUCUCAUCAAGGGUCUUGUUAUGCUGUACAGACUGUGAAGCCCCUUGAGGCAAGUGUGAAUUUGGACUAUUAAUUGACUUGCCUUAACAUCUAACUUAAAACAAAUAAGAAAUGUAGAGCUAUUCCGUUAACUGAAAAAAAAGUGCUAAUAUAAGUGACUAAAUAUACAGUGCUCACUGUGGUGGAGUACGGGAGAGCAAAUGUUUGAUGACAUUUGAUGAAAAUGUUUAAUUAAAUAUGAAGAAGUUUUAUGUUAGUCCA